AUGUCGGAACGCAGAGUUUCUUUUGAUGAAAAAGAAAGCACUAUUAUUGCUAGUCCUACAAAUACAGUCGGUGACGUUCCAUAUAAACGUAAACGUAUCAUGCCGAAACGAAGAGCCACUCCAUAUGUAUGGUCCAAUUAUAAUGAUAAUACUACAACCGAGGAUAUGAACGAGGGAAAAGGAGAAAAGGGAAAUAAAGGUGGAAAUGAAGUUGAUGAUAUGAAUGCGAACACCACCACAACCUCAAAUAAUCCAAUACCCUUAUCGGAUGUCAGCGACUACGAUAAUAUGGUUCUAGUCUUUCAGAAUCAAACAUAUUGCGACUGGAGGGUUACUAUCAAUUGCGAGAAUGGCGGAAUUUACGCAAUAAUAUAUCAAGUGACUCUCAUUUGGCUAUUAUUGCUUAUAUUCGCUUGCGGUGGUUUAUUGUAUUAUCGUUUACGAGUUCUAAAAUGCCAAGUUAUUGCUCCGAAAAUACCGGGAGCUGGAAGCAUAAGACCAAAUCCAAUUGAAGCUUUUUUGGUCUGGGAAUUGGUUUGGUUGAUUGGGCGAGCUCUUUUUAUUUUUGUAAUAAGAAUGAAUCUUUUCCCUAAUUCAUAUUUGAUUCGUGAAUUUUUGCAAGCAUUCCCUGAAUUAUUUGGUGCAGCAGGAUUUGCAUGGUUCGCAGUAGGGACAUAUCUACAAAUUGGUGUUCAUCUAAAUUCUAAAACGCGCCCCUGGCGCCCGGAUUAUCGUAUGGCAGAUAGAUUUCUGCUAAUAAUUACUAUUGCGGCACCACUUACCACUUGGCCAUUAGUUAUUCUCGAUGGAUACAUCCGUGACAACGGCGAUCCGAAGAUCGCUGAUGCCAUUUUAGGUGCUUGUUAUGUGCUUUCGAGUUUUUGGUAUUCAUUUGGUGCAAUGGGAGCAUUUUAUUUUGGUCGCGAGUUAUGUAACGUGCUCAGGUAUCGUAUUGAAGUGGCUCGUGAAAAUUCUAAUAGUACCGGUACAACUAAGCUGGAAACUGGAUUACAGAAGAUUCGCAAAAUGUUGUACAUAACUUUCACCACAUACAUUUACUACAUCACUUUUUGCAUUAUAUUCGCGUCUACUCGGGUUGUAAUACUCACUCGAAUACCCGAGUUUAAUCAAUUCCUUUUCAUCACUUAUUGUUUGCUUAUGCCGUGUUGUAUUUGCAUUGUAGUGGGAAUAGCGAGCACAAGAAACAAACAGGCAGAGCAAGCAUUUUCCAAAGACAUCACUUCAGUAUCAGGUUCUGGAUUUGAAGAUGAUCAAGAGACAAUCACCUCGAAAACUCAACUUCAAUGUUUAAGGUCCAAAUUUAGAUUCGGAUCCAUCUCGUCAAAAUCUUCAUCGCGUGCAUUGGAUUCUAUCCUAGAAGUGAAUCGCAAGACAAGUAAGGUAUUAACUAAUGACGGUGGCAAUCUUUAUUCUCCACCGAGUAGUGCAAAGACGCUUGUUGAUUUGGAGAUGGAUGAAGUGGGUGGAAAACAAUCAAAUUCAUUAACAAAAAAAGAGUCGUGGUAUUCAACUUCUGGGUCUAUAAAUUUCGAAGAAGAAAAAAUAAAAAAAGAAAAUCACAUUUGUGAGAUAGAUUCAGAAAAAGAAGAAAAUCAAAAUAUGGUAACAUCAGCAUUUGAAUUAGAAACCCCAAUAUCACAAUGGCGGCAUGAUGAAGAAGUUGUGAUUGGUUUGUCUUCUCCUCAGGAAGCAUAUUUGGGAUGA